CAGUAAAAAACAGCAACUAAAAAGCUCCCCCUUCUUCCUAAAACUCAAAAAGCCCUAAUCUAGAUGUCGAAACCAAACGAGCCAUAGAGAUGAUCACUGGUUCACGGAGAAAUUAAUUAAAGAAUAAAAAAUUGAUUUGGAAAAGGAAGAAAGAAACAGUUUACAAGGGGCUACCACCGGCUUGGUAAUUAACCAGCCUAAUAACCUCUUUAUUUUUAAUCCAAUGGUUAUUAAUGACCUCUCAAAUAAUUCAACUGAAGACUUGCUUAAGAAACACUCCUUGGCAACCAAAUUUCACAACGCAAAGUUGCAAAAAGAGAAGAAAGCGGUGCACUCCUCUUACUUCUCCAUUUCUUCAAUCGUAUAUCCAUGGCCGUGCUGAUUUGCAGCAGCAAUGUCAACUUAAUAAAGCCUCGCCUUCUCUCUUCGCCUCACCACCACAAAUAUAAGCAACGUCGUCUAAUCCGUACCUGUAGGAACCUCGUCCGUUUAGACACCGGUACCGGAUUUCAAUUUUCCCUUCAUAAUAAUAAUAAUAAUAGAAGAAGACCACUUCCCCCAAAAUCUUCAUCUUCUUCUUCAUCAUCAUCAGUAAACGGCUAUGGCAGUAACAUAGAACAGUAUUAUGGCAGCGAGCAGCGGGUGGAGAGAGAGGAAGGUGUUGAGUUAAACAAGAGGAUUCGGAGAUUUAUCGAGUUUCUUCCGUCAAUUUUGCCUGGAGGAAACUGGUGGAGCUUUUCUGAUGAGGCGGAUAUUAAAAUUAUGGCCAAACCGGUCACCGUGUGGCGUGCACUUACUCGCAUGUGGCACCUUGUGGCUCAGGAUCGUUGGGUCAUUUUCGCCGCUUUUACUGCUCUCAUUGUUGCAGCGCUUUCGGAAAUCUCAAUACCGCAUUUCUUAACGGCAUCGAUCUUUUCAGCCCAGACUGCAACCGUUGCAGUAUUCCACCGAAAUGUGCGUCUCUUGGUUGCCCUAUGUGUUGUAGCUGGAAUUUGCAGUGGAAUACGGGGUUGUUGUUUUGGCAUUGCAAAUAUGAUCCUGGUGAAGCGAAUGAGGGAAACAUUAUAUUCUGCUCUUCUUCUCCAGGAUAUAUCAUUUUUUGACAAUGAAACAGUCGGUGAUUUGACAAGUAGGCUUGGGUCAGAUUGUCAGCAAGUGUCUCGUGUUAUUGGCAAUGAUCUUAAUUUGAUAUUGCGCAAUGUCCUACAGGCUACAGGUGCAUUGAUCUACUUGAUAAUUUUGUCCUGGAAACUUGGUUCAUUCACACUGUUGAUAUGCACAACUUUAGCAGCAGUGAUGCUGAUCUACGGCCAGUACCAGAAGAAGGCAGCAAAGUUGACUCAAGAGUUCACUGCUUCUGCUAAUGAAGUGGCGCAAGAGACAUUCUCUUUGAUGAGGACAGUUCGUAUUUAUGGAACAGAAAAGGUUGAACUUGGAAGGUACAAGCUGUGGCUGGAGAAAUUGGCUAAUAUAAGCUUACGACAAAGUGCUGCAUAUGGAUUUUGGAAUUUGAGUUUCAACACUCUUUAUCACUCAACUCAGGUCAUUGCGGUGCUAGUAGGAGGAACGUCUAUUCUGGCUGGUCAUAUUACAGCCGAGCAACUUACAAAGUUUAUAUUAUACAGUGAAUGGCUGAUAUAUUCUACAUGGUGGGUAGGGGAUAAUUUAUCAUCCCUGAUGCAAUCCAUUGGGGCAAGCGAAAAGGUCUUCGGAUUGAUGGAUCUAUUGCCAAGCGACCAAUUCUUAUCAAAAGGAUUAAAGUUGCCAAGGCUGAUGGGACAUAUAGAGUUUGUAAAUGUGGCUUUCUAUUAUCCUUCAAGAGAAAUGGUUCCUGUACUGCGACAUGUAAACAUUUCAGUGCAUCCCGGUGAAGUGCUUGCAAUUGUUGGUCUUAGUGGUAGUGGGAAAAGCACCAUAGUGAAUCUGCUGCUUCGCCUUUAUGAGCCAACAAAUGGUCAGAUUUUAAUUGAUGGCUUCUCUCUUGGAGAGUUGGAUAUCAAGUGGUUAAGGGAGCGGAUUGGAUAUGUUGGGCAGGAACCAAAACUAUUCCACAUGGAUAUCAGUUCAAACAUUAGAUAUGGAUGUACACGGGAUAUAACACAGGAGGAUGUUGAGUGGGCUGCAAAGCAGGCAUAUGCUCAUGAGUUCAUUUCGUCUCUUCCCAAUGGUUACAAAACACUUGUUGAUGAUGAUCUGCUCAGUGGGGGUCAGAAGCAGCGAAUUGCCAUUGCUCGUGCUAUUCUUCGGGACCCAGCCAUUUUGAUCCUUGAUGAAGCCACUAGUGCACUGGAUGCAGAGAGCGAGCACAAUGUUAAGGGUGUACUUCGUGCUGUUAGAAGUGAAUCAAUGGCAAAGAGAACUGUAAUUGUUAUUGCACAUAGGCUCUCCACCAUACAAGCUGCUGACCGGAUAGUGGUAAUGGAUGGUGGUCAAGUUGUUGAGAUGGGCAGUCACAGGGAACUUCUCCAUCAGGAUGGGUUAUAUGCACGAUUGAAUAGACGACAGGCUGACGCUGUGGCAUGAUAACAUGGCAUGCUGACAUAUAAUAGAUGUACCAGAUAUUUCUUUCGAUCCGUUCUUUCAAUUAUUCCGUCAGGCAUCUUUUUACCACUGCCGGAAGUGUUCAUCAUCAACUGAAAUUCAACCGUCUUGGAGCAAGGAAAGGAGAUCCAGAGGGAUAGCCUGAGAAGUUUCUGCUAUCCAAGUCUGUAGAGUAAGAAAGGCACGCAAUACAGAAUGCUUACAGCUCAUUGUUUGUUCAUCCACCGGUAAAAAAGAACAGAACUUUACACCCCUGCUCUUGGAACUCUGAUGCAAGAGUGUAUUUUAGUAAAGAAAGAUGUUUAUUGUGUUUCACUCAUGGCCACAUGAGACGUUGAUUAUACUGCUUCCCCAUGAAUGCAGUGAUAUAUUUACCAGACUUGGAACUAGUGAAAGCAUUAUUGUCGGUUUUGGUGAGCUGAUCUUCAUCA